UCGUAACCACUGGCAACCUGUUUCACCACGGAAAUGCUGCUGGUGUGUUUUCAGAUCUCAGCGUUAGUUAGUUAAGGCUAGUUAAGCUGGUUUAUGCUGUUUAAAGAUAUUUAUUAAGGUGUUUUAAUGCGACUGAGCCGAUAAACAGAGAGGAAUGAGUGCUAAGAAACCUAGAAGUAAUGUGAAUAAACAGAAAGAUAAGAAGAAUGAAGUGCUGUCCGCAGAGGAGAGUUCUGCAGAAACAGGUCACCCUGACCACAUCUUUCCCCUGGUCCUCACCUCCGCCACUCAGGAGCUGUUCGGUUGCCGUGCAGAUGAGGACGUGACGGGGGACGACCCCUACAGGCUGCUGAAGAAAGAGGACAUCAUCCAGGACAUGAAGACCAGGGCGGCCAUUUCAGACUUCAGUCCCAUCAAGCAGGCCAUCCUGGACUAUCCUGAAGAUGAGAUCCUGUUGGUGUUUGACAGAGACUUCACCUACGGCCAGAGCUUCUACCUGGUUCUCACAGUGGACGCUAAGGAGAGCAUGCUCAGGUCUCCCGCUGAAGUGGAUGGAGAAGAAGAAGAAGAGGGUGAAAGUGAGGAUCUGUCUGAGAUAAUGGUGCAGAAAACUCCGGAGCCACAGGCCUGGGUGUCUCUUGGCAGUGAGAGAGAGAUUGAGGACGAAUCUCUGAUGGACACCAGACCUAAACUCUGUUAUAAAGUGUCUCGCUUGCGGAGAGAGACUGGAGCUCCGCUGCACUUCUCAGAUUAUUCCACAGAGUGCGUUGAGUGCAGCCCCUACCAGGACAGCAGCUUCAGCACCAGGAGGAUGGAGAGAGCGUCCGGGGUUCAGGCCGUCCCCGUCACCAGCAGCUCCUCCUCACAGACAGUCUGGAAGCACAAGAGGAACAUGUGGACCCAGUACCAACCCCGAGUUCUCGAUGAGGAGGAGAAAGAAAACAUCCUGCUGUCAAAGAACCUGAAGAACUUCCUCAACUCCGUCACCCUCAGGGUAGAGGUGGCCAUUCAGCAGAACAUUAUCAUGAACAUGUUUGUGGAUGACUGGCGGGACCUGGCGGAGGAGGUUCCUGUGCUGGGGGGGAAAGCUAACACUCAGCUGAAGAAGUACCAAUCAUUCACUGACCUGAACCACAGCAAGAACAAAACCAUCAGCUACAUCAACUGGCAUCCCGCUGUCAGUGGUGUGAUAGCAGUGGCAGUGAGAGAAAGGCUGUCGUAUGAGGAGAGGAUAGACAGUUCUACUAAACUACUGCUGAACCCUGCUCUUAUUCUGUUCUGGAGCUUCUCUGACCCCAUCAACCCACAGUUGAUGUUGGAAUGUCCGGACGACGUCUUCUGCUUCGAGUUCUGUCCCUCCGACCCAAAUAUUAUUGCUGGAGGCUGUAUGAACGGCCAGGUGGUACUGUGGGACAUCUCCGCCCACAUGGAGAGACUGCAGGGCGCUCGUGCUGGAGUCGGAGGAAAGAACAACUUACAUGGAAACACACUGUUGUUUGAAGAUGAGGUGACAGACACGCCGGUGGUGCGGUACUGUGCUGUGUCGGGGAUUGAAAAUGGGCACAAAGCUCCGGUCACUGAUAUCCAGUGGCUGCCAGACACAUUCGAGGUGUCUAGGACAGGAAUACCACUAGAGAACAAGAAUCAGACGUCAGUUCAGAUUGUGACCUGUGCUCCUGACUGCUGUGUGAUGUUCUGGGACCUGCGUGCUCCUCGGGUUGUGUCUCAGUCUCAGAUUGACAGGAAGCAGAAAACUGAGGAGAAAAUCCUGGAUAACCCACAUGGAGUCCCCAACACCUUCAAACAUCUCGACCUGACGUGGAAACCUCUCAUCAGGGUGACUCUUCCUAAAGUAGACGGCCGAGGUGAAUACAGCCCUAUGAAGCUCAGUCUGAGAGAGAGCCUAUUCAACAGUCCUUCAGAGAAGUUUCUGGCUGGAGAAGAAAGGCCAGAGGUUCUCCAGUAUUCCCAGCUCAGCGUGCCCUCACCCAAAAACUCCCAGCAGCUGGAGGACAUCAGCUCCAAGUUCUAUGUGGGCACUGAGGAUGGAGAGAUUGUCUACACAGACUGGAAACUAGAGAAGGACAACGAAUCAGGACGACUCUUCAGUCCAAAACCCACUCACUGUUUCAGAGUACAUGAUGGUCUGGUGAACACGGUUCUCCGCUCUCCUUUCUUUAAGGACAUCAUUCUGUCUGUGGGAUUGUGGAAUUUUGCCAUCUGGAAGGAGGGUGUAACGAAUGGUCCUAUCCUGCAGUCACCCUACUCUCAGAAGAACUGUACAUUGGGCUUCUGGUCUCUGACCCGGCCUGCUGUGUUCUUCAUCGGGAAGGAGGACGGGAAUCUGGAGAUCUGGGACCUGCUGGAAAAAACCCAUGAGCCCUCACAGACCCACACCAUCACCACUGCUCCCAUCACCUGCAUCAAACCCUGGGUCAUCUCAGUGAAGCAGCAGCUGUUGGCCGUAUCUGAUCACCUUGGGACUCUGCAUAUCCUGGAGGUGCCACGACGUCUUCUCCACCCCUCCUCUAAAGAGAAGCUGAAUGUGAGCAUGUACUUUGAGAAGGAGGUGGAGCGUCUGAUCUACUUUGAGAAGAGGCAGGAGAUGCGAGCGAAGGAGAAGAGAGAGAUGGAUGCUGAAGAGCAGAGGAGGAAAAUGGAGAUCGGGGCGGUGUCCAUGAAGUCGGUAAAGGAGGCGGAGCAGGAUGAGCUGAAGGAGUGGGAAGAGUACCGCAAACUGGAGAAUCUCCUUCUGAAGAACAUGGGGCUACUGACCGAAUCACAUGACCCUGUAGAGAGCUGAUCAUACAUACACACACAUAUGUUAAUUGUGGCGGAAAUUUCCACAGUAAAAGCGUUUUUUAAAGGUUAGGAAAGGUUUAGAAUUUUUUUUCCCCAGGACAGAUAUGUUUAAUUACUUCAAAGGAACACAUUUCAACACAGUUAUUAAUGAAAAUGUUUAAGGUUUAUGGUUUAGUACUCUCUAAUGUUCUAUUUCUUACUUUACGUUGAGUUCUAGUGUCUUCCUAUUUAUUAGUGCCACAGUCUAAAUUUAGUUCUAUGAAAACUCAUUAUUUACAAUAAAUAAACAGCGUUUUGUUUAUUUAUUAUAAAUAUAAUCUGAUAAUCACUGGAUCGAAUCCUGUAUCAUGUUGCUUCUCCAUCAGCAGCCAGAGUUCAAGAGAGUACAAUAGAUCAUGCUCUCUCUAGGUGAGUACAGUAGGUGGCGCGAUCACCCCUCAUCACUUCUAAUGCAAUGCUGGUCAGCACAGACGUCUGUUAGCUGACGUUUUAAAGCUGGGUCGCUGCGCUUUCGUUUGAGUGCUUCAUCUACAGGGGUUGGACAAUGAAACUAAAACACCUGUCAUUUAAGUGUGGGAAUUUAGGUUUCAUGGCUAAAUUGGAGCAGCGUGGUGGCCAAUUUUUUUAUUAUAUGCACAUUGCUCCAGUAAGAGCUGUAAGAGUGUGAAGGUUCCGUUAGCAGGGUAAGAGCACAGUUUUGCUCAAAAUAUUGCAAUGCACACAACAUUAUGGGUGACAUACCAGAGUUCAAAAGAGGACAAAUUGUUGGUGCACGUCUUGCUGGCAAAUCUUUGUGAUGCAUCAAGAGCCACGGUAUCCAGGGUAAUGUCCACAUCCAACAGGAUUAACUGUGGAUGCAAAAAAGAAGCUGUCUGAAAGGGAUGUUUGGGUGCUAACCCGGAUUAUAUCCAAUUCAAUGUGCAUCUCAACUCUCCUGUUUCCACCAGAACUGUCCAUCGCCACAAUAAAUUAUUGUGGUCUAAAUCCAGGUGUUUCAGUUUCAUUGUCCAACCCCUGUAUAUCAAAGGAAGCAUACAUUAGUCUUCACCUUCCUAGCAUUACUGGUGAUUAAGGGGGAGUAUAGUGUGGGAAAUUGGGAUAAAAUGUACCAAUUUAAUUCUAUAUAAAAGAGAAGUUUUGCUAAAUAAAAAAAUAAUAUACUAAAUGAAUUAUCAACUAAACAUUCACAUAUUUUUUAAUGUUUUUAAUGUUUCUCAUAUUGUUUUUAUGGUACUAAAUAAAAAAAAUGUCAGUAUCCUUUACUGUACCUUUAAGACACAUGUAAAUGAGCUCUGUUCUAAUUUUUGGUUUCGACCGGACCCAGGCCACUCUAACAACACACAACUGCACAAUAUGCCAUACCUUUACAAUAUCAUACUAUAAUGCUACAGGGAUUCUCUUAUAAAUCAAGGGUGCCCAAACUUUUUCAUACCACUGUAUAUAAUACACUGCCACAUAUAUUUCCCAUACUGUUACUCUAUUACACUAUACAAUUCUCUA